AUAUUCUUGAUUCUUCAAUAAGGUUAUAAAACUUCAAGCAGUUCAUCAGAUUCAGUUUUAAGUUAGAAAAAUCAUAAAAGCUGUGAAGUAACGGUUAAAUCUGCAGUACAGAAAAGACAUGAAGUUACAUGUUUCAGUGGUUCAUUGUUUUGAUGAUUACAUUGAGUUGAGCUCAGCUAUUCAGCGUGGAUGAAUGUGAUGGAUUGUGGUGUACUGGCACCUGUGAUAAAGGCAUUAACAGUGCACAAGUCACUAAUGCCAUCAAAACUUGCCUCGAAAAAGAAAAGACAUUAGGGCUGACUAAAGAUUUUUCUGAUCAACUAAUAGUUGUUCAUUUGAAGUGAUUAGUUGACUCACUGCAUGUUUAUAUUAAUAAACCUAUAAUGAGCAUUUCAUUGCCUGUAGCUAACAGCAUUCAAGCACACGCAUAAAGCUUGCAACAGCGCACCUCAGAAGUAAUGAUUAUGAAUGCUUUAGGGAAAAACAGCAAGAAGACUGCUUUAACAUAAUAAUUCAUUAAUAAACUAGUGUUUUCUGUAUUUUUGGCUGCAGUGAUGAAGUCGAUGACACUGACUUGACAGUGGAUGUGCACAUUUCAUGCAGAUUACAUAAUUUGAAAACAUUUGUUUCCAUUUGAAUUGGUUAAUUUAAAAGUAGACAUUUUGAUUUCUUUGGAUAUAUUUUUGAUGUCUUUGAGGCAAGCACAGAGUUUUGGUUCAUUCAUCGUUUUUUUUUUUUUCUUUUAACUCGCACAAGUUCACAGAGACCUAGAUAGCAGAAAGCGCACCCUGUUUGUUUUCAUUAUUUUACAAAAGCACAAUGUUUUGUUGUUAUUGUGAGUGCACACAAAUAAAACCUUUCAAUAGACCUUUCACAGAUUCAAAAGAUAUAUUACUCUGACCAAAACUGACAGAAUCUUUUAAGUUAAAUGUAAAUGAUCGCACCGCACAUCCAAAUUAACAUGCAGUGAGCGCACUACAAUUCAGCUUUCACACUCUGCACAAACGCUUCAAUAGCACACAUUUUUAUAGGUUAAAGGGGUCAUCGGAUGCCCAUUUGAUAUAAGUUGAUAUGAUUCUUUAGGGUCUUAAUGAAAAGUCUAUAACAUACUUUGGUUAAAAUUUCUCAAUGGUAGUGUAAAAAAACACCUUUUUUACCAUGUCAAAAUCAGACCAGUACUGUUUACUUUAGCCGCGAAACUGGCUAACUAGCAUGUUAUUAGGAAAGGUGAUUCAUUAAAAUCCCUUAUACUCACUACUUCUGUAGAUGAAGUUGGAUCACGAAUGAGUCGCGCGAACAUAGAUGCAUUUAGGCAGAUCAGGGAUCGGCGCAUUCCCUUGCAAUCUCACAAUGUUCCGUUAUCAUCAGUGAAGCUCUCUGAACUGCAAAUAAUAUCUUAUUUACAUCGUGUCUAUGUGUGGCGUUUAGCAUUGAGUGAAUUCUGACUGUCUUACGCCGAAUGCUUGAGAGUUGGCAGCCCUAGAUUAUCUAUUUAUAUCUGUAUUAAUAUCUUAAUAUAUUAUUAUAUCUUAUAUUAACCAUUUGCACACACGAGCAUCCGACUGGACUCCUCCCGACCACAAAUGCGGGUUAGAAGCCACUUUUUCCUGUGUUUUUUGGUCAGUUUCUUGUCUUUUCACCUCUUAUGAACAACACGUUUUCGUACACGAUAAAAGCUCCUUGUGUUUUCUCGGUUUAACCGAUUUCAGCAUUCAUAAACAACGCGAAACGCAAGCAUCUUGAGUUUCUGCUAUUGAUUUCUAUGAAGAAAAAUCACUUCUUGCCCUCCAGCUGCAUUUUGCACCACAGCAAUGAAGUCAUGUACAAACAACCUAUCGAGCCGUUUGUGCCAGGCUGGGGAGAAAGGUAUUGUAAUAAUGUAAAUUAUGUGAAAAAAUCAUGCGAUUUUCAAACCACCAAGCAUGAGAGCAUGUUCUAGUACACCCCCAAAACAAAAUCAAGACUUUGACAUCAGCAACAAUUUGUUAAAGGGGUCCUAUGCUUUUUUACAAAGGCUGCAUCUGAAGGGCUCGGACCGGCCAUACAGAGCACUGUUCAGCUGUGACAGCUGCCACUGAACAUUGAGCUGUAAAAUGCUCUAUUGUUAUUUAUUUUUUUAACAGUUUUAUUUUUAUGCUUAAGUGCCUAAAAAAUCCGGGUUGCAAACCUGUCUACAUAUGAUCACCAUGGUCAAGACAAUAAACUAUAUAAAAUCGCUCCUUUGUAAGAUAUCAGUCAGCAUUUGAACUGCUGUGUGUGUGUGUUUUUGUGAGGACACAGAUUUGUAUAAUGACAUGGGUAUUACAAGGAGAAGGUGAUUUCUGAGGACAUUUUCAGUGUCCCCAUAAUUCAAAAAGCUUAUAUAUCAUAUAGAAUGAGUUAAUAUUUAUUUAUUUUUUUGAGAAAGUAAAAAUGCACACAGUUUCCUUUAAGGGGUAGGUGUAAGGUCUGUUUUGGGGUUCUAUUUCAUGUUCUGUUUUCAUGUCUUGUAUUUUGUAAUUGUUUCAUGCUGUUAGUGUCAUGCUUCCCUUGCCCUCUUGUCUUCAUGCUAUUGGUUCCUCUGUUCAUUGUCAUGUUCUGAUUGGUUGUUCAUGUCAUGUGUCGUUGUCUUUCUUCCUUGUCGUGUAUUGAUUAGUGAUGGGAAGUUCGGAUCAUUUUACUGACUCGGACCUUUGAGUCUCGUUCAGCAAAAUGAACAAAUCUUUUUUUCGAGUCAUUUUGUUAAUUUUUUCAAGUAAUGCUAUAAGAAACAGAAAAGAUUAAUUCAUCGUUUACCUGGGUCUUGAUUAGCUCACCUCACCUCUUAUCUGACAAGUCUUCGGGUUUGAGUCGUUCGUUCAUUACGUGACAGCCUCAUACACUAACCUAUGCAGUCAGAGCCGGAAAGAGAAUUGAUUAGUUCAUCUCCCGAGUCUUCGGGUUUAAGUCGUUCGUUCUUUUGUCACGUGACCACUUGCCAGAUCAGUAAAAUACUAUAAAGUAAAACUGUAUUUUUUGUAUGUUGGAUCAUAUUUAAGAAUUAUCAUAAAAUUAUCAAAAUAUGUGUAAGAAGCAUUUUCCUAGAAAUAAAAAUGGUCUGUUCAUUUCUGUCACUGUUUUUGUUACUGUUUCUUGAGGAUCUGUGUUUUUUUUAUAAAUAAAUAAAACCCUGUUAUAAAUAAAAUAUUGAUUGAUUUGUCCUUUCACUGUCUUUGUCUAUCAAUAAACAUAUAAUAUAACUAUAUAAUAAAAAAAAAAUCCAAGCCUAAAAUUACAAAGCACUUAUAGUUUGUUCAUUUUUACUCAAAUUUUGACUUUGCUGGUAUAAUUGUUUUUCCUAGGCAGACUUGACAUAUUGGUCUAAUAUUUGUAUAAGAAGAUUGGUCAAAAAGGACACAAUGACAUAAAGUGAAAGCAAAUAACAUUUUGAAUAUGAAUAAUUAAUGUUAGUUUAAAAUAUUAAGGUUAUGAUCUGGCUCUGUGGCUUUAGUAUAUUUUAAUAUUCUUGUAUUUUUUAUUUAAAUUGUUUUAAUUCAUUUUGGAAUAGUUAUCCUCUUUGCUAAAGCUUUUUCUGGCACAAAAAUAAACAAUAAAAAAAACAAUUCAAGAGUGUGUACACAGUGUUAAUGUCUAAAGUGUCAUAUGUUACAAAAUUAUAGUAAGUAACACUAUAGUCUAAUCUAAAGGGUUAACUCAAAAGACAUAAAUACAACAAGGUAUUGUAUUUUAUGAAGAUUAGACUCCAAAAAAAUAAAUACAAUUAAAUUAAAGCAUAACCAACUCUUUAUUAUCUUUAUUACUACAUUCAGUAUUAUGGAAAAGAACCAUCGUGACAGAAAUUAAAAGCAAUAAUUUGAGACCAGAAAUGCAUCACAUAACUGUACGAGUAAAUAAUAAUAAUAAUAAUAAUAAUAAUGACUAUACACCCGUUUGUAAGGAAGGUUGUAAAUUAACUAAUUUCUCUGCCCAAAGCUGUCACGUCAUGUGACAAAAGAACGAACGACUCAAACCCGAAGACUCGAAACAGGUGAACUAAUUCCAGUACAGAACCUAUAGGAUAUUGCGCAUGCGAGACUGAACGAAUCACUCCCUGAGACGACUCGUUCUUCCCGAGUCACAUUAAAGAUUCGUUCAAAAUGAACGAAUCGUUCAAGAACGACCCAUCACUAGUAUUGAUGUUGUAACCUGCUGUCAGUGAGUCAAGUCUGUUCAAGCCAAGUCAAGUUUAUUCAAGUCUGUUCAUGCCAUGUCAAGUCUGUUUCAAGUCAAGUCUUCGUCCGUUUGGAUUAUGUUUGUAUUUUGGAUCACUUUGUAAAUAAAACUGCACUUGGGUUCUCACUACACUCGCCUCCAGUGGACUGAUCAUUACAGUAGGUUUAGGUGUAGGGCAAUGGAAAAUACGGUUUGUACAGUAUAAAAACCCUUACACCUAUGGAAUGUCUCCAUUUAGAUGGCAAACUAAACCUGUGUGUGUGUGUGUGUAUUUUGGUAGUUUUUCAUAUGUAUCGUUACAUUUAUUCAAGUAAGCUCCAAAUCAAUACCUGCUUUUUAAAGUUGUAAUCCGGCAAGUAAGGACGCAUCAAACCAGUGUAACUUACCUGGCCUUGGUCUUGGCUAAGCUUGAGGUAGCUACGUACAUCACCGUCUCCUCCAUUAUGACGUAAAACAUAAAAACAAAAAUGAGCAAUUCUGGCUCCACCUAUCCUGUCAGGAUGGCAGCUCUCUUCUCACACGGUUGCUAUGCGACAGAGUGCUAAUCGAAACCCCUGGUGACACAAUUAGGAAAUCCUGCAAAGGUGGAGCAUCCUUCAUGCACUUCGGAGGCGUGGCGUUCGAAGUCCGUACACUUCGGUGUCCACACACUCCACAUUGUGACACAGCUAAUGGCUGCAUCCAAAAACUUAUGCAGCUGACUUGUUGCCUCACUGCCCUGUCGGGCAAUGACUUGCAGGCAACGUUUGCGCACGAAGGCACCUCACAAAACUGAUUUCGGAGCGUAACGGUUUAAUGGUCUACAGCAAAAUAUAGAGAGCUUUGGUGAUAACUAAGUGAAUAUUUAAUGACUGCGAUAGUAAUUUCUCGCUAGAAAUGACAUCAAAAGUGGAAAACAUUUAUCAAAAAUGUACAUUUACACACAAACUGACCACCGAUUGCAACUCUCAGACGCCAUCUUUAUUUUUUAUCUUAACUGUCCCAGAAUGGAACGCACUAUAUUUAAAAAAAUUGCUGUAUACUACUGUAUUUGCUGUAACGGCCUCUUUGGCACCAUUCUAUUGAGGUUGUUUUAUUUUCCUUAUUUCUUACAUUUGAAUUUACACGAUUUGCUGUACACUGUGUCUAUAACGCCGCAACAGCUUGGGACUGACUACACUGGAUGUGUUACAUCGCUUGUAAUGAUUGGAAAAUCCAUUUGUACUUAGUGUCAGAAACAGCGCGAGCGCUUGGAGUGCAUCUGUAUAUCAGAAAUAUACCGGGGCAUCACUUUACUGUCCGCAUCCACUGUAGAUCAUAUAUAUAAUGGAUUCUAUAUUGUUUUUUAUCGUCGCUCCGCACCACUCGCGUCCGAGGAAGACACAAAGCGCGGGUUUUUCCCGGGGAUGAACCCGUGAGAGUAGAAGAGCUCUGGAGAACAUCUGCGCUGUGUGUCGAUGCACCUUACGAGAUAAGACCUGCAAGCAAGGCAACUGCAAUGAAGCAUCAAGAAAGACAUGAGCAGCGCUAGCCACCCUGAGACUGAUAAUUCAUGAGAAGACAUUUCUGUCACUAACAAAGAUGGUGAGCAAAGAUGGAGGCCACGUUUUGGAGCAGCACCUGGGUUUUGCAGAUGUUUGUCUUUUGGCUCUUUGUCUUUUUUCCCCAAGAUUCUUUGUGAGGAUGAAUCCAGAGGACACAACAUAAUGCACUGCAAAACGUCCUAAGACAGGAGAAAUGGUCUGAUGAAAGAUGAGGAGGAGAGUGAAGAACUGAGUGAAGCGGAGGAGAAACAUCAUGUAAAAACUGGUGAAAAAUCUUUGAGUCGCUCACAGAGUAAUUUAUUGAAAAGAAGAGCCAAAAGUCUUUCACCUGCCCUCAUUGUGGGAAGAGUUUCACAGAAAAAGGAAGCCUGUCGAGACACAUGAGAAUCCACACUGGAGAGAAUCUGCACACGUGUGAUCAAUGCGGAAAGAGUUUUAUGAGAAAAGGAGACCUUAAGAGUCACAUGAGGAUCCACACUGGAGAGAAGCCGUACUCAUGUGAUCAGUGCGGGAGGAGUUUCAGACAGAAAGGAAACCUUAAUAAACACAUGAGAAUCCACACUGGAGAGAAGCCAUACACAUGUGAUCAGUGUGGGAAAAGUUUCACACAGAAAGGAUCUCUUAAUGAACACAUGAAAAUCCACACUGGAGAGAAGCCGUACUCAUGUGAUCAGUGUGGGAAGAGUUUCAGACAGAAAGAACGUUUUAAUGAACACAUGAGAAUCCACACUGGAAAGAAUCUGCACACAUGUGAUCAGUGCAGGAAGAGUUUUAUCAGAAAAGGAGACCUUAAGAGUCACAUGAGAAUCCACACUGGAGAGAAGCCGUACUCAUGUGAUCAGUGCGGGAAGAGAUUCACAUACAUACACAGUCUAAAAAUUCACAUGAGAUUUCAUAGUGGAGAGAAGCCGUACUCAUGUGAUCAAUGUGGGAAGAGUUUCACAUUAAAAGGAUCUCUUAAUGAACACAUGAAAAUCCACACUGGAGAGAAGCCGCACACAUGUGAUCAAUGUGGGAUGAGUUUCACAAAAAAAGGAUCUCUUAGUGAACACAUGACAAUCCACACUGGAGUGAAGCCGUUUGCAUGUGAUCAGUGUGGAAAGAGUUUCAGAAAGUCAUGCACUUUUAAAGUACACCUGCGUCGUCAUUCUGGAGAAAGACCAUUUACCUGUGAUCAGUGCGGUAAAACAUUUUUCCGGUCAGAUGCCCUGAAGGACCACCUGAAAGUUCAUACAAAGGAGAAGCCUUACGUAUGUUAUUUGUGUGGAAAGGGUUUUAGUCAGCCGGGUACUUUACAAUUACAUCAGAAAAGACACAACAGUGUGAAGGUUCACAUGUGCUUUGAUUGUGGGAAGGCUUUUGUUAGAGAUGCUGAUCUGAAACUGCACCAGAGAAUGCACAGUGAGGAAAAACCUUUCAAGUGUUCAAAAUGUGACAAGAGAUUCAGUCGGUCACAAUAUCUGAAAUCACAUGAGAAGAUCCACACUGGAGAAAAACCUUACAAGUGUUCACACUGUGACAAGAGAUUCAAAUGGUCAGAUUAUCUAAAAAUACAUGAGAGGAGCCACACCGGGGAGAAACCGUAUCACUGCAGUCAAUGUGGGAAGAGUUUCACUCAUUCAUCAUCUUUACUCAGUCAUACAAAAAAAAACAAAUGUCUGAAAUCAUGAACUCAUAUAU